UUGGUUACUGCUCUUAGCUCUUAAACUCCGAACGCUUUCUAUCAUAUAUUUCGAGCAUUCAUUUCCUCCAACUUAAAAACUCUUAUUAUUGAACCCAGUUAUUAUUUUCUUUCGUUGUAAUGGCAAUUGAUGGGAGUUUCUCUCUCGGGUCUGAGCUGGAGAGAUUUCUUGCACGUUGUCCUCAGCUCCGAUGCAUUCCCAGAUUGAAAUCGCUCUCCCAAAAGGGAAACAAGCUGAAGGAAGAAGAAGUAGUGAAUUCAAUAGCGGAGCUGUUUCUGCACCCGAAUUAUACAAUCCCAAUGAUGGGGUGCUUCCGUCCUAUCGUCAGAAAGAUUGUAGACAAAGCAGUGGAGUUACUUCGUUUGGUGCCCAGCUUGAAAUCAAACUCCAACGAUGCGAUGGCAGAAACUAGCGAGGAUCAACUUAUUAGGUCAAUGGAGAACACUAAUAUCGAGGACAGUGUUAAUGUCAUUGAAUUUUACGUUAGAAGCGGGAGGGGCUUGAAGCUUCAUGAACUUUCUUCUCUGGCCUUCUGCCGGGCCCUUGACUUAGCACCUUUUCUAUUGGAGUCUGUGUUAAGUUAUUUCAAAUAUGCUCCACCUCCUUUUGAACGUCUUCUUUUAACAGAUAAAACCUUGCAGGCCAUAGAAAAGGAUGCAACUUGUAUGCUAGAUGCUGUCCGAGCAUCUCUCCGCUUACUUCUGAUAGAGCCCAAAGUAUUUUGUGGACUUUGGGAUUGGUCCUGCUUUUUGGACCUUGUACAGCAAUGUGCACAUGUUGGGUCAGGCACUGAUCCAGAGUUUUUAAAGAAUAUUUUGGACAUUAGAUGGUGUAGUAUACAGAUACUGUCAAUCAUUUUACAUUUGAGUGAUAGAGCAACUGAGAGCUUUGGUUUGGAAGCAGAAAAGGCUAUUACAUGCCUGUUCCGAUGGGAGGAAUUCUGUCAAGAUGUUUCAGUUGAAAAGGCUGGAUUCUAUCUUGAAGCAACUGAACUGGAAGCAAGGAAUUUUGAUGAUGUAAACCUUGAAUUUAAUCAAGGAUACUGUCUGCAAUCUAUGGGGCUUCAGUGUUCUGCAAUUUCAUAUCUACACUCUAAUCAGAUUGACCAGUUAAGAAGAAACAAAGGGCUAUUGAUUUGGGAUGCAAAAUCAGUUGGCAGCCCCUACAUGUUGACUUUAACUCUGAAGAAGAGCUUUGAGAUGGUUCUAUUGGCAGUGAGCCAAAAAUGGCCUGUUCUUCUGUAUGGUCCUGCAGGUUCUGGGAAGACAGCAUUGAUUAGAAAGUUGGCCCAAGUUAGUGGGAACAGAGUUCUGUUUAUUCACAUGGAUGAACAAAUGGAUGGUAAAACAUUGAUUGGGAGUUAUGUCUGUACGGAGCAACCUGGUGAAUUCAGAUGGCAACCUGGUUCUCUUACUCAGGCUGUUCUGAAUGGUCUUUGGGUAGUCUUUGAGGAUAUUGACAAUGCACCAUCUGAUGUACAUUCCAUCUUAUUACCUCUAUUAGAAGGUGCAAGUUCUUUUGUAACUGGUCGUGGGGAGGAAAUAAGUGUAGCAGAAAGCUUCCGAUUGUUUGGCACAAUAUCAAGUUCAAAACAUGAUGGUUCUCACAAUGCAGAAGUAACAGGCAAUAUCUCCUUUGGUGUCCUUUUGAUAAGAGUGAUGAUUGGACUGUCAAACCGUGAAGAUCUGUUUGAUAUAGUGAACGCAUGGUAUCCAAAUUUGGAGACUAUUUCUGAGAAACUUAUAGAGACAUUUGAAAAGGUCAACUCUUCUCCAUCUUACCAGCCUGGAGGAUGUAUUGGUGUUCCUGCUUCUUCUGGUGUUUUAAGCAGGUUCUCUUUAAGGGAUCUGCUGAAAUGGUGCAAAAGAAUCACAGGUCAUGGUUUUAAUUUUAUGGGGCUUAGCUUGUCAGCUUAUGAAUGUAAAAGCAUUUAUCAAGAGGCUGUAGAUAUUUUUGCAUCUUCCUCAAUUUCUUCUGAUAGUCGACUGUUAAUAAUGAGAGAAAUAGCAAAGAUGUGGGGAGUACUGAUGUCAGAAGCAGAAACAUUAUAUCCUCUUAAUAAGCCCAUAAUUCAGGAUUUGCAAUCAGAUUUACAAGUUGGAAGGGUUACCCUCAAAUGCACUGAAGCUGCAUUACAUUUACAUCACCAAAAGAAACCUUUUGUGGAUAUCCGUAGUUCACUACAUGUUCUUGAGAGGAUAGCAUGUUCUGUUAAGUGCAAUGAGUCAGUUCUUUUGGUUGGUGAAACUGGUACUGGGAAAACAACUCUUGUACAGAAUCUUGCAGCGAGGCUUGGUCAAUCACUUACAGUCUUGAACUUGAGCCAACAAAGUGACAUUGCAGACUUAUUGGGUGGCUUUAAGCCUACAGAUCCAAGAUUUAUAUGCAUACCUGUUUAUAAUGAUUUUGAGGAGCUGUUUUCCAGGACUUUUUCUGUGAAGGACAAUGGGGAUUUUCUUGUUCGUCUGAGAAAACAUGUGUCUGAUAGGAACUGGAAAAUGGUAUUAAAUGGAUGUCAGAAAGGCCUUGGUUUUUUCAGGAAGCAAGUUUGUGAGGUUGGUAGAUCUCGAUCUGGUACAAAGCGAAAGCGACCUUUGAGUGAAGAACUCAUCCAAGCAUGGGAACAUUUUUCUGUGAAACUUGAGACAGCACGUAGGCAGAUUGGCUCUUCAGCUAUGGUCUUUUCGUUUGUGGAAGGAUCAUUCGUGACAGCAAUUAGAAAUGGUCACUGGAUAUUACUUGAUGAAAUAAAUUUGGCUCCUCCUGAGAUGCUACAGAGAAUUACAGGGGUUUUGGAAGGAGAUGAUAGUUCAAUUUGUUUAGCUGAAAGGGGAGAUGUUGAUUAUAUUCGUCGACAUCCUGAUUUUCGUAUUUUUGCUUGUAUGAAUCCUGCUACUGAUGCUGGAAAGAGGGACUUGCCAUAUUCGUUGAGAAGCAGGUUUACAGAGUAUUUUGUUGAUGAUGUGUUAGAUGAUGAAGAUUUAACUCUAUUUGUGAAACAAUUUAUGGAUUACAGCAGUCCUAAUAGAGAACUGGUAAAUAAAAUUGUGUGUUUUUACAAAGCAGCCAAGAAGGAAUCUGAAGAGAGGCUGCAAGAUGGGGCUAAUCAGAAGCCCCAGUUCAGUUUAAGGUCUCUAUAUCGUGCACUGGAAUAUACAAAGAAGGCAGAAAGGAACUUUGGAUUCCAAAAAGCACUUUAUGAUGGAUUUUGUAUGUUUUUCCUUACUUUACUGGAUAGUCCUAGUUCCAAGUUUAUGAACAGUAUGAUAUUAUCAUAUUUGUUAGGUGGAAAUAUGCCUCCAAAUGUUCCCUUUGAUGGUUACUUCUUGGAUAAGGGGAAAUUGAGUGAUGAUGCUUUCUUGGAGAAUUAUGUCCUGACAAAAAGUGUCAAGGAGCAUUUAAGGAAUCUUGCACGUGCUAUUUUGAUUAAAAAAUAUCCUGUUCUUUUACAGGGUCCAACUUCUAGUGGAAAGACAAGCCUUGUUCAGUAUCUUGCUGCAAUAACUGGCCAUGAAUUUGUUCGUAUAAAUAACCAUGAGCAUACUGAUCUGCAAGAAUACUUGGGCUCGUAUCUUACUGAUGCUCAUGGGAAGCUUGUAUUUCAAGAAGGUGUAUUGGUUAAGGCUGUUCGGAAUGGAUACUGGAUUGUUCUAGAUGAGCUUAACCUUGCACCUUCGGAUGUUCUGGAAGCAUUAAACCGGUUAUUAGAUGACAACAGAGAGCUUUUUGUUCCCGAACUGCAGGAAACAGUGAUCGCUCAUCCAGAUUUUAUGCUUUUUGCCACCCAAAACCCACCAACUUUUUAUGGUGGGCGUAAGAUGCUUUCUCGAGCAUUUCGCAACCGUUUUGUUGAAAUACAUGUUGAUGAGAUUCCUGAAGGUGAAUUGAGCACAAUACUAGACAGGAGGUGCAAAAUUCCUGAAAGUUAUGCUAAAAAAAUGGUUGAAAUUAUGAAGGACUUGCAGUUGCAUCGCCAGAGUAGCAAAGUUUUUGCUGGAAAGCAUGGUUUCAUAACUCCAAGGGAUCUGUUUCGAUGGGCUGAUCGUUUUCGGACCUUUGGUAACUCAUAUGAAGAUCUGGCCAAAGAUGGUUAUUUUCUUUUGGCUGAAAGGUUGCGAGAUGAAAAUGAGAAGAAAGUUGUCCAGGAGAUCUUGGAGAGACAUCUUCGGGUAAAACUUGCCACAGACAACUUGUACCAACGGGAACCAGCUGAUAGUCUUGCUGUUUUAAACUUCAGUGAAUGCUCAGAAGUGUCAGAGAGUCUUGGAAAUAUCAUGUGGACUAGAAGCAUGUGGAGGUUAUAUUUUCUUGUUGAGCGUUGCUUCAAGUUGCGUGAGCCUGUCCUUCUUGUUGGAGAGACUGGUGGUGGGAAGACAACUGUUUGUCAGUUACUUAGCAUUGUUUUAAAGUUAAAAUUGCAUAUUUUGAAUUGCCAUCAGUACACGGAGACAUCUGAUUUUCUUGGGGGGUUUUAUCCUGUACGAGAUAGGUCAAGAUUAACAGGAGAGUUCAAAUAUUUGGUUGAAAAACUGAUAUUGUCAAAGGCUUUUCUCCACUUUCCUGGUGACAGUAUUAUAUCUACAGACAUUGUCCAAGCUUCUUCAACUCUUGAUCAUCUGACAAGAAUUAUAGAUAGUUAUAGACAAGGUGUGGUUUCACACCCUGACGUCACUAUGCAGGAUCUUGAUAACCUCGAGCAAGUGAAACUGGACCUAGUUGAGCUAUCCCAGAAGUGGCAGACCAUAUUUAUGUGGCAGGAUGGACCUCUUGUACGAGCAAUGAAGGAUGGAGAUCUACUUCUUGUGGAUGAGAUAUCUUUGGCUGAUGAUAGUGUGCUUGAAAGAUUAAACAGCGUCUUGGAACCUGAAAGAAAAUUGUCUUUGGCAGAGAAAGGGGGGUCCAUUAUGGAGAAAAUAACAGCUCAUCCAAAGUUUUUCCUUCUUGCAACUAUGAAUCCUGGUGGUGAUUAUGGGAAGAAGGAGCUAUCCCCAGCCCUACGGAACCGAUUUACUGAGAUAUGGGUGCCAUCUGUGUGUGAACCAAAUGAGCUUAGAAGUAUUGCUGAACAUAGAUUUCUCAAACCAGAACUCUUAUACAUUGUGGAUCCAAUGCUAAACUUUUGGGAAUGGUUCAACCAGUUGCAAACAGGGAGAAUACUUACUGUAAGGGAUUUUCUAUCUUGGGUUGCCUUUAUCAAUGCAACAGAAGAAAGUCUUGGAUCUGAUUAUGCACUCAUACAUGGGGCAUUCCUUGUGUUGCUUGAUGGUCUAAAUUUAGGUACUACCAUUCCAAAGAAGUAUGCAGAAGAGCUGAGAAGGAAAUGUCUUUGUUUUCUUCUUGAACAGUUGAAGAUAGGAAAUGCUGGUUUGGAUUAUUCAAAAUUAUCCAAAAUGGAAAAUUAUGGGUGGGGUGAUCAUGGAAGUGCUUCAGAAGAUAUCUUGUUCAAUAGUAAUGUCAGCCUGGAUCACCUCUUUGGUAUAGAUCCAUUCUACAUUUCAAAAGGUAAUGGGGACUGUAAGCCUAAUGGAUUUGAGUUUCUGGCACCAACUACUCGAAGAAACGCCAUGCGUGUAUUGCGUGCAAUGCAGCUUCCAAAGCCUGUUUUACUUGAAGGUAGCCCAGGUGUUGGAAAAACAAGUCUAGUUGUUGCGCUUGGGAAGUUUUCUGGGCAUAAAGUUGUCCGAAUAAACCUUUCAGAGCAGACUGACAUGAUGGACUUAUUGGGUUCAGACUUGCCCACCGAAAGUGAAGAAGGAAUUAAAUUUGCAUGGUCUGAUGGAAUUCUUCUGCAGGCUCUGAAGGAUGGAAGUUGGGUUCUGUUGGAUGAACUUAAUCUUGCUCCACAAUCUGUCUUAGAGGGUUUGAAUGCUAUUCUAGACCAUCGUGCUGAGGUUUUUAUUCCAGAGCUUGGGUGUACUUUUAAGUGCCCACCAACUUUCAGAGUUUUUGCGUGUCAAAAUCCUUCUUCUCAGGGUGGAGGCAGGAAAGGUCUUCCAAAGUCCUUUCUCAAUCGCUUCACUAAGGUUUAUGUGGAUGAGUUAGCUGAGGAUGACUACCUUUUCAUCUGCAGUUCACUUCAUCCAUCAAUCCCAAAAUCUUUGUUAUCAAAAUUAAUUUUGUUUAAUAAGCGACUUUAUGAAGACACAAUGUUAUCUGGCAAGUAUGGUCAGGAUGGUUCACCCUGGGAGUUUAAUCUGCGAGAUGUCAUUCGGUCAUGCCAUAUCAUAGAAGGUGCACCUGAUGCAUCAAAGCUUGAUUGCUUUCUUAGUGUUGUGUACAUUCAAAGGAUGCGUACGGAAGCUGAUCGUAAAGAAGUCAUACAACUAUAUGAAGAGGUCUUUGGAGUGAGACCAUCUAUAAAUCCUUGUCCACGAGUACAAAUUAAUCCUAAUUACUUAGUUGUUGGGAAUACGGUUGUUGAAAGAAACCAUUUUCAGCCAUAUAAAUCAUUGAAACAUGAACUUAAAUUAUUGCCUGGAAUUUGUAAUAGCUUGGAAGCUGCUUUACACUGUGUACAGAAUCAAUGGUUGUGCAUUUUGGUUGGUCCAUCAUCAUCUGGUAAAACUUCAAUUGUUAGGUUACUUGCCCAGCUCACUGGAAAUGUGCUUAAUGAAUUAAAUCUUUCAUCUGCAACUGAUAUUUCUGAAUUGCUUGGGUGUUUUGAGCAAUACAACGCUUUUCGCAGUUUUCGCUGUGUUAUUGCACAAAUUGAGCAGUACAUUGGUGAAUACUGCAAUGUUUAUUUGGAAUCAUCAAAGGAGGCAUUUAUAAUUGAGCGUAAAGAUUUAAUAUCCAAGUGGCUAGAUUUAUCAUCCAGAAUAAAUGGGUAUCUUUCUUCAAGUUCCACUUCUGGAUAUGCAGAUAUUUCUAAUGGUUCCUUCAUUUUUCUGGAUUCGUUGGUCCACAUCAUUGAACAGAUGAAGCUGGAUUUGGAAAAAUAUCAAUUACCAGUAUCUUGGACACACAAGGACUUGAGUAAGACUAUGAAGAUUAUCCUAAACCUGCAAGAGUGUUGCAAUAAACAGCGAUUUUCAGCAAAGUUUGAAUGGGUCACAGGGGUACUUAUAAAGGCUAUAGAGUGUGGGGAGUGGAUUGUUCUGGACAAUGCAAAUUUAUGCAAUCCUACGGUUCUUGAUAGGAUCAAUUCUCUUGUGGAGCCAGGGGGAUCAAUCACUGUUAACGAGUGUGGUCUCGUGGAUGGUAGGCCUCUUGUACUACAGCCCCAUUCCAAGUUCCGCAUGUUCCUGACUGUGAACCCAAGGUAUGGAGAAAUCUCCAGAGCAAUGCGGAAUAGAGGAGUUGAGAUAUUCAUGAUGCAACCAAAUUGGCUACUUGAAAGGCAUGGUGACUAUGACUCUAAGGGAUCUGACCUACAAGAUAUAAAGCGGUUUCUAGUUCUGUCAGGGAUCCCAAUCAGUGAAAUGGUUGAUUCAAUGGCCGAGGCACAUAUUUAUGCCAGGGAUGCAGGCUUGUGCUUAGGUGUUCAUAUUACACUUCUUGAGCUUUCACGCUGGGUCCAAUUAUUCCAGCAGCUUCUCUUGAUUGGAAAUAGGCCUAUGUGGAGCCUCCAUCUUAGUUGGGAGCAUACUUACCUAUCCUCCUUAGGUGAAGCUGAAGGAAGAGACAUUGUUAUGCAUGGCAAGUUAUCUUGCUUGUCAGCUACUAGACUUUCUAAAUUUCACACACUUUCAGGACGCUCUCUGUCCUUUCCAGGAGGGUGGCCAAGCCCUCUGUGCUUAAAGAACUUUAUAUUGUCCUCAAGAGAAGCAUGUGUCCGACAAAACUGCAUGUAUCUGGAGUCCCUGGGGGCUCAGUGUGCUGCUUAUGAAUUAUAUAUUGACAGUAACCAGAAUGCUUCUGGUUCUAUAGGGACUUCAUUGUUUGAUAAGAAGCAAUUGUUCCCAUCUUUGAUUCCUUUGCAGAUUUUAAAUCACAUUCUGUUUCCUACUACUUCAGAUCAAUUGAUCCGUAAUGUUAGCACGGAAAAAUUUGACUUAGCAUUGACCAAUAAGAUGCUUCUUUUUGCUGCCAACUGGAUGAUUGAACAGGCAUUUGAAACUGACCUUAAGCUGUAUAUUCUCUGGCUUAGCUGGUAUAGUUCCAAGGUGAACCCAUACUGCCACUUUUUUAAAUCUUUUCUAGGCUUACUUGAAAAAGAAAUCAAACAUCCUAUUUGGAAUUAUAUCAUUGGUUGCCGGAGGGAGCUUUUUUCUCAAUACCAAGUAGGUCUAGAUGCAAGACUCUUUCCAAUACUUUCAUUGAAGUUGGUAGAGUUAACUGCAUCAAAAAUGUUGAAUGGGCAUCUCUAUAAUGGUAUUCAGUGCUGGGGAUUGCUACAGCUUAGUCUUCAACAGUGGAAAGAUGAAAGUGAGUAUGACUACAGGGAAGAAACUCAUUGUUUCAUACCUGUACUGGAGGCCCUAAGAGAGUUGGAAAAAGAGGUUCUUAAUGUAAUUGUUCUUUCUCCUUCUUUUGACCUACUGUUCCAAAUUUAUACUAGCCUUAUAGAUGAUCACAUGUUAUUCUGGAAGGGCAUUAGCUAUUGCCGCAUUGAAUAUUUGCUAAUAUCUUGGCAUGCUCUGGAAAAGGAUGCAACAAAAUUGAAGAGUUUCUUCCCAAAGGCUGUUAGAACUUUAAUGGAGAGCAAAAAUCUGGUUAAGGUGUCAUCUUGGAGUUUUCAUUUGCCCAAGUCAAUGCUUUGGGUUCAUGGAGGUCAUCCACUUUUGCCAACCUCUGCCAAGAUAUAUGCUAAACAACAGCAGCUUUUGCGUUUCUGUGAAUUGGUUUGGCCACUGAAGAAAACCUUAUGUAAACAACCUUGUCCUGGGAAUGAUUGUUUUGUGGGGGUCGUAGCAUCUGAUAGGGAACUCCGAUCAUUGACAAUGCAAGGUGUUUGCAUGUCAUCAUAUUUUACAAGAUGUGAUCAAGAUGAUACCCACAUUGUUGAACAAUUGGAGGAAAUGUAUCAGAUGCUUUUGACAAGGUUUGAAUAUGAGAAACAUAAGCUGGAGUCAGUCUUGGCAUCUAAUCAGCAUGUUUUGGCUGUGGGAAACUCAAGUACUUGUUGUGCCUUUUACCCUGAAAUGAUGUGUGAGAAAUCUGCUUUUGAUAGUUGGCAGGAGAUUCUUCCCAUAAUUGACAACUCCAGUUUAGCUCUUGACAUGGAGCUACUCCCAGAAUUGUCAAAGACUAUUUUGUUUGAUGCAAAUGAACAAUACUUGCAUUUGUCCAACAUGUCUGAGCUUUUGAAGUUUACAUUGAAUUUUUCGUUGAAUUUCUCCUCAAGACCUCCUACAGAUUUUGUACCGCAUCAGAAAAUCCUGUGGACAUUGGAAGCAUCAUCUUCAUCCGAUAUGGUGAAAGCAAAUAUUGCAAGUUUUGUUCUUGAGAUGUGGUUUAAGUGGCACUCAUUUUUAUGGAGCAGUUGUCCUGAAUCAGUCAAGAUUGAUGACUGUGAGAUACGGCAACCUUAUCUGCUUUUCCAGCCUAUCAUAACCACUGUGCUUGAGCAGAUUCUGCAAAGUAAAUUUCCUAUCAAGGAUUAUUCUUUGCACUGCUUGAAGCUUAGAGUUACUUCACGUAACCUUUGGGAAUGUUCAUCUCAAGUGAAAGAUAUUCCUAAUAUUCUUUUCUCUUCUGCUAACUCUCUUUUCCAGCAGAUUAUCUUUGCACACAGAAAAUCUUUUGAGGAAGAUAAAUUUUUGGAGAUCAAGUCAAUUUUGUGUUCCAUUGAGGGGAGAACAAUUGAGAAAAGUACUCUCCAAACAAUAAGCCGGAUUAUUGCAACAUCAAGCCAUGGCAGAUUGACUUCGUUAAGGGAGACAUAUAUUGAACCACUUCUUCAAGUAUUAUCCAUGCAAUACUCAUCAAAUGGUUUCCUUUAUAAUCUUGGUUGUGCAUGGGUGUUUAUUGGGGGACUACGUUUCCAUCUAUUGUUGAAUUCCAAUGAUCUAGAUCCAGCAAUGAAGUAUUCAAUCAAACAUUCUCAUUUAAUGGAAAAGAUUUCAAUGGUUGAACUUGAAAUCAAGGUACGACAAGAAUGUGAUCAUUUAGCAGGAAGAUUUUCUAUAAGAGAUAACCUGAAAGAAAAAGCAAUCUUGCUGGAGAAGCUUGAAGCAGAGAAAAGGAGGCUACAGAAAAAGGUCAUUUUUCGUCCUGAGCCUGGCAAGUUUAUAAAGCUAAAAUCGGAGUGUGAUGAUUUUCUUGGGAUGGUCAAAUCUUCUUCUGCUUUGAUAAAGAAUCUUGAUGGCAUGUGUACACAGCAGCUGAUUGAUCAAUCUUGUAAUUGGCAGGAGACAGCAACUAGAUUUAUUGCUCGAUUAUCAGAAGAGUAUGCAACAUACAUUGAUAUAAUUCAACCUAUUCAAGUUUCAAUUUAUGAAAUGAAAUUAGGCAUAUCACUGGUUGUGUCAAGUGCAUUGCAGAAAGUGUUUCUGAAUAAAGUUGAAGAAGACAAUUUUGACAGGAUUCUGGAAAGUAUAUACUCUUUUAUGCGAUUCCCUAGAGUUUGUGCAGUCAAAACCUAUUCUUUCAGCACCAAAAGCAAACUCAUUAAUCCAUGUUCCGAAUUUGAUUUUGAUGAAGAUCACCAGAGAAUAGAUAUGAAUUUGCUGAAGUUGUGUACUCCAAAAGGAGAUACAUGCCCUGAUAGAACGGUCUCUUUCUUUGAAUCACAUACUUCUCUGUAUCAUAAUAUUCUUGUUCGAAUUAUGCAUUCUGUAGUCCACUCACUGCUUUUGGAUAAUUCCUCUUUUAUGAUUUUGAAUGAGAUAUUUGACCAAUUUGCAAGCAUGUGGAUGAAUAAGAAAGUUCAAGAAAAAGUAAAGGAAAAUGAUGAAGCUCUGCAGUUCAAAUUCAGGCCCCGUGCAUUCAAGAUAGAAGAUAUAUUGGAAGUUGAUAUAUCAUCUAUUAGAAAUUCUUCAAAUGAGAGUUUAUGUUCAGAAUGGCAAGAAAUUCUAUCAGAGGAACUUAAUGAAAGCGUCCCUGCUGGUGAGUAUGAAAAUCUAGAGGAAGAAUGGAACCUUGUGCAGGAAUCCUUUUUAAUUAAUAUGGUCCAUCUCCACACCCAGCUUUUUGGGUCAAUUGAUCUCGUUGCAAAUCCUGGAAUUAUUCAGGUCUCUGAUGCAGACCGACUUUCUUCCUUCUUGGAUGCAUACAAACUGGGAACCAUGAUGUUAAAAGAGUUACGUACUUUAUUGUCCUCUGGCUUGGAUGCAAAACUUAUGCCAGAACAUUUACUCCGCCUGUGUUUGGAGCAUGAAAAGAAGUUUGGUCCAUCUCAUAAAGUGGCUAAUGUCUAUAAUAUUUACAAGGAUUCAAAUGCUCCAGUCAUGGCUAAAAUGGUCAACCCACUUACUCUUCUGAAAAAGCGGAUUUUAUCUCUUUUAAAUGAAUGGACCGAUCAUCCUGGUCUACAGAAAAUUCUAGAUGUGACUGAAAUGCUAUUGGGUAUUUCACUGACCACUCCACUUGCUAAGGCUCUUUCAGGUUUGCAGUUUCUACUUAGCAGGACCUGGGUGUUACAGGAAAAUACUUCAAAAUUCUCUCUUUCCGAUGAACUAGAACCAAUUGUCAUGCUUGUUUCCUCUUGGCAAAGGAUGGAGAUUGAUUCUUGGCCUGCUUUGCUUGAUGAGAUUCUGGAACAAUAUGAGAUUAAUGCUGGAAAGUUGUGGUUUCCCCUCUAUCUGGUUCUUCAUCAUGGACAUACUACAUAUACUUCUGAGGAAAGUCAAUCUACAAUCCAAAGCCUUGAGGAGUUCAUGCAAAUAUCCAGUGUUGGAGAAUUCAAGAAACGCCUGAAACUUCUUUGUGCUUUCCAUGGCCAGAUCAAUACCGGCAUAUGUUUAGGUUCUUAUUCAAGUCCUCGUUUGAUGGAAAACCUGAAGAUCUUAUACAAUGUUUUUGGUUUUUAUAUACAAUUUUUGCCCAUAAUCUCAGAGCACAUUGAAGCUAAUAGGAGAAACAUUGAGACUGAACUCAAAGAACUUGUAAAACUUUGCCGGUGGGAGCAUUCUGAGAGUUAUUUGUCAAUGGAGAGCUUUAAAAGGACCAGGCAAAAGCUUCGGAAACUUAUAAAGAAAUUCAAUGAUGUGCUACAAGAACCUGUAAUGGUUAUUAUAAACCAAAAAGCAACACAAAGAGGGAUCAGAACUGUUCCUAUACUAGGAGAAAAGCUCAUGAAUGAUUAUCCAGGCAAACACAUAGACAUUUCUCCAACUACAAUUGAUAUGUCUUGGUUCACUGACAAUAACAGGUCAAUCUGGUUUGCUGAUUGGGCAGGGAGUGUUGAUGUUACUUUGAAUAGAUUGCUUUCUGGAGGGACAUCCAAAUUUGACCUACCACAUUUGUGCCUUAAGGAUGAUAAAGAAGUUGCAGUUACAGUCAGGAAAUUCUUAGCUUCACAAUCGGCAUGCCUUCUAUACCAGGAAAGAUGGAAAAUGGUAUGGAGUGCUCUUGAAAAUAUAUGCAAAACUGCAACGGAAUGUGGUGACCUCUGGAGGGAUGAAAAGCGGAAUCUUGUUAAGAGGAGGGCUCUGUCUGACCUUCUGAAGCUUUUAGAAUGUUGUGGGUUGCAGAGGCACAAACCUGUGAAUUUUGAGGAUCAAUGCAAACCCAACCUACCCGGUAUAUGGUUACUUCAGCCCUCGUAUGAAAUGCAGCAUCUGCUGCUGAUAGAGGGUAAAUUAUCUUCUGGAGAUCUUGAUAUUACUGCUUCUACCCAGUUUCUACCCAAUGAAAGUGUUCUGUCAAAUUGGAAAGUAGCAAAUCAGUACUACUACAAAAGCAUGGCAUCAGUGCAGCUUUUGCGGCAGGUUUGCCUUAAUUUUCACAAAGAUUUCAGUCUGGAACAGGUCAAUAGGUCAGCCUCUUUCCUCAACCAUCUCGUUUUAGUACAACAGGAACAACGGUCUGUUGCAUAUGGAUUUUCUCGGCAUCUAGAAAGAUUGAGGAAAUGCAUGUUGUCUUUGAAAGAUUUAGAUUCAAAGUCAGCUGUUGCAGAUCAUGAAACUGGUUGUGACUUGGUCACCCCAAAUCAACAUGCCAUAAAUAAGUGCAUGUGGCAGCAAAAGCUACUGUUUGAUAACCUUUGUUCCAUGGCCCACGAGGCACAUUUGUUGCUGAGAACAGUUGAGAGUACACAUUCAAAUACUUGUCCAAGUGUCAAGGCCACAGCCAACAAAGUUCUUCUUUUCAUUGAGAAGUUUAUUCCAGAUUUUCAGAAGUCAAAGGAAUUAUUAGAUCACUACCUUCUUAGCAAUAAUGGCUAUGUAACCACACAAGCAGAUUCAUUGCCUCUUCUUAUUUCAAAACGAAUGGAGCAGUUGGUAAUAGAAAAUUUUCAAGUCAUAAAUGAUUUUGAGGGAAAGGUUCGAGCUUUCUGCAUGCAACCUGCUAAUAGAUCACUAGAAGGAGUCCUGCUCAGUCAUUUUCAAGAUGUCUUCAACAAGGCCAAGGUGAUAAUGAAGGAGUUCUAUUCAAUUCUGGAUUUAAGAAAUCAUACAGUAAUUGCCUCUGAAGAUGGCACUGCUUCUACUGAAACAUUUGCUGAACUUGAUUCUGCAUUUUCUGAGUCAUUUAAGGAAACAUUAAGAACGAUUAUGGAAGCUUUUGGAAAAAUAGGCUUGCCAAGUAAUGGUUAUACUCUUCCAGAGGAGUCCGAGGGAAAUGUUACACUGUGGAAGGUUCUUUUUGAAUCAUAUGCAGCGAAUCUGAGGUUGGAUCUUAUAUGUGAUGAAAUUGUUAAAACACUCAACCAUGCGAAAAAAUUGGUCGACCAUUCUGGGCAUCAAAAUACAAAUUUAUGCAGCCAAAUAGUAACUUACCUCCAUCAUUUACGCGUCUUCUUGGAGAUUGUAUUGAAUCUUGGUGAUGGUCUCCUACUUGAGCUUUUAGCAAUGCACAGAACAGUAGCAGAGAUAACACAUAUGCUUGCAGACUUGUUCGCUUCACUAUAUUCUCAAGGAUUCGGUACUUCUGCAGAAGAGCAGGUGGAUGAUACUGGGGAUGGAAUAUCUCAAGAUGCAAAAGGAACAGGUAUGGGGGAGGGUGUAGGUCUAAAUGAUGUGAGUGACCAGAUAAAUGAUGAAGAUCAGCUUCUUGGGACUAAGUCAAGCGAAGGACAAGAUGCCUCAAAUGAGGACCCUAGUAGGAACAACAAAGGGAUAGAGAUGGAUCAGGAUUUUGCUGCUGACACAUUUAGUGUAAGUGAGGACUCUGGUGAUGAUGGAAAUGAAGAUAGUGAGGAUGAGAAUCUUGAAUCUGCAAUGGGGGAUGCUGGGAACGACAGAAAAGUUGUUGAUGAGAAACUUUGGAAUAAGGAUGAAGAUGGCUCUCCCAAUGACACAAAUGAGAAUUAUGAAUCAGGUCCAUCUGUCAGAGACAAGGAUUCUAGUUGCAGGGAGCUCCGAGCAAAGGAAGACAGUGCCUCUAUGAAUGAAUCUGGAGAAAUAAAUGCUGACGAAUCUGAAAAACAAAACAAUGAGGAGAGUCACAAUGAUCCUGAUGAUAAUUUCAACACAGAUGACAUGAAGAUGGACAAAGAUGCAGCUUUUACUGAUCCUACUGGAUUACAAAUUGAUGAUAAAAAUGAAAAUUUUGAAGAUAUGAACACAGAAAUACCAGAAUGUGAGAAUUCCGAUGCCAUGGAAGAAGCUGGUCUGGAAGAUUAUAAUGAAACAGGUGAAGAUGAGAAGUGUGAAGAUGGAGAGCGCAAUUCAAUGGAUGAGGACACAAUGGAAGCAGAAACAGAAGUGGUUGGGAAUGCUGAGAGCAAUGAUCCAGCAGAAGUUGAUUCUGACAAUGCAGAUGUCAACUUGGCUGGACACGGUGAAGAUGCACCUGAAUUUGGAAGAUCUGACUUAAUACAAAAUGAUGUGCCUAGUUCAGAAUCUACUGCACAACCGAAUGGUGAUGCACAUGCAGCAGAUUCUAGUAAUGCAGCUGAUAUGCAAUGGUCUAGACACAGUGAAAUACAGAAUGGCAAUACUCUUUCAAGAGGCUUACCCUCCAGUGGUUUCCCGGAGAUGGAAACCUCAGUGCCUGAGUCAUCCAAUAGUGGGAAUUUGGCUGCCGAUCAACCAAAGGCCCAAUUGCCACAAAAUGAUUCUUCAUCGGUUCAAAAAAACAAUCCAAACCCAUAUCGAAGUGUUGGUGAUGCACUUGAGGGAUGGAAAGAAAGAGUCAAAGUAUCAGUUGAUUCACAGGUGCAUAACAUAGAAGAUUCUAAUCAUAUGGAUGAUGACAAUGCCAAUGAAUAUGGAUUUGUCCAAGAAUUUGAGAAAGGGACAGACCAAGCACUGGGUGCUGCUACAUCUGACCAAAUUGACAAAAACAUAAAUGAUAUGAAGCCUGAUGGAGAUAAAUAUCAUGCAGAAUGGAAGGAAGAUGUCACUCAGAUGGAGAUUGAGAAGCAAGAUUCUAUAAUGCACCCUAUUAAAAGUUAUGGUUCCUCCAUGACAAGACACAAAAUGGAUGAGGGCAUGGAAAAUUCUGGCCUCACCAAUGAUUUUCUAGGGGAAGAAAUUCCAGAAGUUGACAACCACAAUGAUGAUCCAGGAAGGCUAUCAGGCAGUUUAGUUUCGAUUAAUAGGUCUUACUUUAGUGAGCAUGUGUUGCAACUCAGGAGUCUCUCAGUGAGUGACAAGGAGAUGGGGAGGGCAAAGAACCUUGAAGAAGUGACUGAUGACAUUAAAAAUAAUGCUAGUGCACUCUGGAGGAGAUACGAAUUACUCACAACAAGGUUGUCUCAGGAGUUGGCUGAGCAGUUACGUCUUGUAAUGCAACCCACUCUAGCAAGUAAGCUUCAAGGGGAUUACAAAACUGGAAAGAGAAUCAACAUGAAAAAGGUAAUUCCAUACAUUGCAAGCCACUAUCGUAAAGAUAAGAUAUGGUUGAGAAGGACUCGACCCAACAAACGUGAUUACCAAGUUGUUGUUGCUGUGGAUGACUCACGUAGUAUGUCUGAGAGUCGUUGUGGUGAUGUUGCUAUUGAAGCUUUGGUUACCGUAUGUCGUGCUAUGUCUCAACUUGAAGUGGGGAAGAUGGCAGUUACAAGCUUUGGGAAGAAAGGAAACAUAAGAGUAUUGCACGACUUUGAUCAGCCUUUUACUGGAGAAGCUGGGGUCAAGAUGAUAUCAAGUUUGACAUUCAAGCAAGAAAAUACCAUAGCAGAUGAGCCUAUGGUUGAUCUGUUGAAGUAUUUGAACAACAUGCUUGAUGCUGCAGUAGCAAAUGCACGCCUCCCAUCUGGACAGAACCCACUCCAGCAGCUCAUUCUGAUAAUAGCUGAUGGCCGAUUCCAUGAGAAGGAAAGCUUAAAGCGGUGUGUUAGAGAUGUCUUGAGUAGGAAACGUAUGGUCGCAUUUCUACUAUUGGAUAGCCCAGAGGAGUCCAUUAUGGAUCUAAUGGAAGCAUCAUUCAAAGGUGAAAAGAUCACAUUUUCAAAAUAUUUGGAUUCAUUUCCAUUCCCUUACUACAUCAUAUUGAAGAACAUUGAGGCACUUCCUAGGACUCUUGCUGAUUUGUUGAGACAGUGGUUCGAGCUCAUGCAAAACACAAGAGACUGAAUUAGGAGAGAAAAGCUUGCAAUAACUUGGCAUCAUUAAUAACCCACUGGAGAAGUAACAGGUCAAACCAGUGGGGUACAACAUUCCGAAGUAUGCUGGUUCAGCUUCUGCAGAUCAUUGAUCUGAGCCCUGUCACAAAGGUGGAAAAUAAAAUAGUGAGAUGAGAUCCAUGGAUCGAUUCAUAUUAUUGCAAUGAAUCUAAUGGUGGAUGACAAGUUAAAAGGUUUUAAAGUGGGCCUAUUCUUUCUCAUUCUGAAUGGUCCAUCAUCAUACUUCUCAAGGGUGUCUUAAAAUGCUGGAUCCAGCAACCAGCCAGCCAUCAUGGCUCAAAUCCAGAACCCAAUCCGGUCAUUGUGUUGACAGAAUGGUUCUACUUAGUUGCCAUCUUGUCCAUAAAUUUGAAUGAGUUGCUUGUCUUGAUUAAGCAAUGCCCCAAGUUGGUCUCCAGUGCUCCUGUAUUUCUCUAGUUUCUCGGUGGUUUUAGUUGGUAAGGUUCUGUUUAUUUGGAGUGCAAUUUCAUCUGCACUAGUACAAAAGUAUGAGAGUACAAAUGAGAAUAAUGAAAUUUUUAUAAUCUUUUGGUUGGGGUUUUCUGUUA